GUACGCUAUGGAGCACUACAACCUUGAAAAGGACAUUGCCUCUGAUCUGAAGGAGCAAUUUGAACUCGAGUAUGGCCCCACUUGGCACUGCUUGGUCGGUCGCCACUUCUCCAGCUAUGUCACGCACGAAAAGAGCUGCUAUUGCUACUUCUACAUCGGACAAAUGGGUGUGAUGCUCUUCAAGACACCAUGAGGCAACAGGUCAGAAAGUGCAGCGGAUAGCACAGCCAAACAGCGCCAAAGUGCAGCGAUUCGCAGCUCAAAGCCACAAGGCAUCACAAGGCCAUGACCAAGUCGAACAGGCGAUGAAUUUGCACCGUCUGCAUAUGUCUGCAUACUCUCAUACAUUUUUGCAGCGAUAGAAAUGAUUGUUCAG